UGUGUUACUCGAUGCGCAUGUUUACUUCCGGCGCAGACCGGAAACAGAUGGUUUCUGGAGGUGACCGAAUGGCAGUGUGUAGAACUGAUUUGAUUUCUCCAUUGUAAGCCAAAUUAUUAUUGUCAGUGGUUGGAAGUUAAACAGUUUUUGCUGUCAGUGGUGAUAAUGGGGUCACACCUCGUGCGGAGUUACAUCACGGAAAGAGACGCGACGCCAGACCCGACGAAGCCGUCUGCAUACGACCCUCAUCUGGGCUUCCCUGAGCGCAAAGAGAGAGAAAUGGUGGCGACGCAGGAGCAGAUGAAUCUGGCCAUGCUGCCGGUGGAGCAGCGCGAUUACUGCGCACACUACCUGCUCAAACUCCUCAAGUGCAAGAGAUACAAUUUCCCCAACUUCCUAGCCUGCAAACACGAGAGACACGACUGGGACUACUGUGAACAUCAGGAUUAUGUGAUGAGGAUGAAAGAGUACGAGAGAGAGAGAAGACUGAACUUGAGGAAAAAGAGGUUCGAGGCAAAUGCAGCAUAAAUAUCCCACGCUCGUCUUCAUUUCUCCAUCAGUUUCUCCUGUUUCCGUGUAUAUAAAUAGCUCUCUCAAUAAUAAAGAUUUUCUUGUGAGCUCUCAAAA